UGUCACGCGGCCGCCAUUUCGCGAGAGCGCCUUCUUCCCCCUCUCGCCCAUUGCCGCUGCCGCACUCGGUCCCCUCCCUCCCGCCGCCCUCUUCUUCAUCUUCCUCCUCAUCCGUCUUCCCCGCCACUUCGGCAAACGGCGUGCGGCGCAAACUCGACAAAUCUGCGGUGGUGGCUGCGGUGGUGAGGGGAGUUGAGCGCCCACCGGCGGCGGCGGCGAGGAGGAGCCGAGAAUCUGGGGGGGGUGGGCCAAUAGGAGCCGUGGCCGAUGGCGAGCGAGGAGGUGGCAGAGGCCACACCCUCUGGCGAGGAGGAGCUGGACGGCUUCACUCGGCUGAAGGAAGGGGGGCCGCCUACCCAGGGCACGGGACUCGUGGAUGAUGACCCCACGUCAAACAUACCCAAGAAGCCCGAUGAGUCGGAGGAUGGUGACCUGGACCAAGUGCCUCUGGUUUCAGAAGUGGCUCUUGCAGUGAAAGAUGGCACUGAAUCAGCAGGUGGCACUGUAGUUUCCGAGCCCGCUGACACAAACGCCAAUGCCACGAUUAUGGACAGCGCCGAGGUGAUCUCUAUCGAGAUGUCUCACAUGGCCCCCGACAUGAUGGUUCACGUGAUGAUCGACGGUGCCUCCGAACAGAUUGUCAACAUGGCCGCCGACGUCACGGCUCCGGUGGAAGCCACCUCUGUCGACAGCGUUGCUGACGUAACAGUGGCUGACGUGACCGUCGAAGAUGUGGAAAUGAAGGAUGAGACGCUGCCUUUCCAUGCUGCUACAGAUGGCGCCGAGGUGAUUGAAUUCAUGGACACCGCUGCGGUGAUGGACGUUGUGGAAGUCACGGAAGGGACGGAGGCAAAAGAGAGUGAUGAUGCCUUUGCCGAUGCCGGAUCGCUGAGGGUCCUGAGCGUGGAGACCAUGGAUACUGCCACAUCUGGCAUAGGUGAAGUGACGAAUGUUUUAGAAACCAAUUUUGCCACUGCAGUUGCAGAUGAUUCUAUUGCCAGCAGCGCAGCCCAGCCUAAAGAGAACGACGAUUCUGUACAGGAGAUCUCCGCCGAGGGAGGUUUCACAGCCUACGUGGGCACUGCAGCAGAUGCCGACGUCGCUACAAAUGAACAGGGGUUCACAGAAAGAGACACCGGUGAUGAAACCAACUCGGCUGAAGUCGACGCUGUUGUGGAGUCCGUUGACGUUAAUGAGCUGAAAGCGGAAACGUCCGACACCACUGAUGUCAUCGCCGUCAUCGUGGGCACAGAGAUGACAAACGUGGCUGACGGCAGCAACACCAGUAACGCCGAUACUGAAGUGGCAGCGACGACCAGCUCGGGCAAUGGCUUGAUUGAAUCGUUGGAAGCAGGCGGAGUGGCUGGUGGUGCUACUGUUGUGAGUGUGUCCGGACCAGAGGACGUCGCGUUCGUGACAACCAUAAGCGUGGCGAGUCCCCUGGACGUGAGCACUAGCGUGGCCAGCGUGACGGACGUGACUUCGGCGGCGCUGCGGGCCCUGCAGGCCGUGGCCUCGCAACACGUGGGUGGUGGGGCGAGCGCCUCCAUCUCUGAGGACACACACAUCAUCACACUGCACCCAGUGAGCCUGGAAGAGACGGGAGAAGGAGGAGGAACCUCCAUUGGAGAGAUCACGCUCGUGCAGGUGCAGGCAGGUGGGGACGCGCCACAGGCUUCAGGCAUCGUGACACAGGUGGUGCCCAUGGAGAACCAGGGCCUGCUCACGGAGAUGGUCCCCGUGGACCAGCAGGGCCUGGUGACCGAGGUGGUACCCGUGGAGAGAGGCAUGCUCACCGAGGUGGUGCGCAUCGGCGAGGACGGCACCGUAACUGUCACCGACGGGGAGGAGCUCACCGCAGACGGGCUCAUGGCAGAGGUGGUGCCGACGGGGGAGGAAGGGAUAAACGAGGGAAUCAUCGCUCAGAUCGUGCCGGUGCAGGAGGGGGUCGAGUCUGGUGGUGAGGGAGGCAUCAGCCACACGCUGCCGCUGCCGGAGGGGGUGCAAGUGGUGAAAGUGGGGCCCAACGGGGAGCUGGAGGUGGAGCGGGCCCCGAUGGGCUCGCAGGACGGGAGUGUUGACGGGGACGGGAUUGGGUUGCUCAUUACUGCCCCCGACCCUGAGGAACGCAGCAAGGAGAAGGACCCAGACUACCAGCUUCCCGUAAAGAAGCCUGUGCGGAAAGGGCGCAAGAACAAGCUGCGAUACAAGCAAGAGGCGGCCGACGCCGACAUCUCGGUGUACGACUUUGAGGAGCAGGAGGAGGGGCGUCUGGUGAGCAGCCAGGACGUCGGCGUGGAGAAGGCGAUCGCACCCAAGCCACCCAAGCCCACGCGCAUUAAGAAGAAAGGAGCCAAAAAGACGUUCCAAUGCGAGCUGUGUAGCUACACAUGCCCACGCCGUUCCAACCUGGAUCGGCACAUGAAGAGCCACACGGACGAGCGACCACACUGCUGCCACCUGUGCGAACGCGCCUUCCGCACCGUCACGCUGCUGCGCAACCAUGUCAACACGCACACCGGCACAAAGCCGCACAAGUGCAUGGAGUGCGACAUGGCGUUUGUGACGAGCGGGGAGCUGGUGCGCCACCGCCGCUACCGGCACACCCACGAGAAGCCCUUCAAGUGCUCCAUGUGUGACUACGCCAGCGUGGAGGUGAGCAAAUUGAAGCGCCACAUCCGGUCGCACACAGGCGAACGCCCUUUCCAGUGCGGCCUGUGCAGCUACGCCAGCAGGGACACCUACAAGCUCAAGCGCCACAUGAGGACCCAUUCCGGCGAGAAGCCCUACGAAUGCCACGUGUGCCACGCGCGCUUCACUCAGAGCGGCACCAUGAAGAUGCACGUACUGCAGAAGCACACGGACAACGUGCCCAAGUACCACUGCCCGCACUGUGACGCCGUCAUCGCGCGCAAGAGUGACCUCGGUGUUCACCUCCGCAAGCAGCACGCGGUGCUUGAGCGCGAGCUGAGGUGCCGCUACUGUCGCGCCAUCUUCCACGAGCGCUACGCCCUCAUGCAGCACCAGCGCACGCACCGCAACGAGAAGCGCUUCAAGUGUGACCAGUGCGAGUACGCCUGCAAGCAGGAGCGACACAUGAUCAUGCACAAACGCGUGCACACCGGGGAGAAGCCAUUUGAGUGCACGCUCUGCGACAAGACCUUCCGCCAGAAGCAGCUCCUCGACUUCCACUUCAAACGCUACCACGACCCCAGCUUUGUGCCCACCACUUAUGAGUGCAGCAAAUGCCACCGCAACUUUACUCGCAGGAGCACGAUGAUGAAGCACUUUGACAUGUGCGAUGGAGAGCUGGAAAGUGGCGAGCAGAACGGCAAGGCUCGGCGCGGGCGCCGCCGGGGGCGCAAGCGCAAGAUGCAGUCUCGCAAGCACGGCUCGUCGAGCGAGUCGGAUGAAAUGCCCACGGACGAGGAUGAGGAAGAGGAGGAGCUGAAUGAGGAGAGUGUGGAAGUAGCGGAUGAGGAAGUGGAAGAGCCAGAGCCGCCCCCCAUGAAGCGGCGCCGUGGCCGCCCUCCCAAGGCCAAGCCAGGCCGCCCCGCCAAGAAGGUGGCUGGCUCAGCAGAGAUCAAGACGGAGCCAAAGACGGAGCCCACAGACUUGGACUCCACUAUAGACAGUGUGGCCUGCGGCAUCAUCGAGAUCAUCCCGGUGACGGUGGGCGGCCCCGAUGGGCCUGAUGACGACGAGGAGGAGGAGGAAGAGGAGGAGGCGGCAGAUGGCGAGGAGGGGGGUGAGGGGGAAGAACAGGAAGAAGAAGAGGAGGAGGGGGGCGCGAAAGAGCAUGUGGUGGUGUUGGCUGUUGAGACGGCGGCAGACGAGGGGCCCAAAAACGACAUCACGCCCGAGAUGAUCCUGAGCAUGAUGGACCAAUGAGUGGUCUCGCAUCGCAGCGGGUAAACUAACUAAACUCCACUCUUGAUUGAUAUGCCCAACCAAUCCCGGGCUUCCCACUGAGGUUUGAGAAAAGUGUGUCCAACCAGCAGUUGGUGAAGUUAAACUUUUUUCCAUGCAAUUCACGUGACAUGCGCCCGCUGGGCAGUUGUGAUGGGGGGGGGGGGGAAUUCUUGGAAAGCCUGGGCCGGUAGGAUGCGCGAAUGGAAGUGGGUGUUUAAUUGGUUCGGUGGGUGGGGGGGGAGGUUCACAGUCCGAGUGGUUUCUCGUGACAUGGACGAGAUCGCGUGCAAAAUCAAAUGCAGAGUUCGACAGUGGCCGUCGCCUGCGCGCAUUGUAUUUUUCACCUAGCGGAUCUUUCUUUGUGUAACGUUAUUUCUUUGGGAAAAUGUAACGUUUUUUUUAGGCGUCGUGCGGAAACGUAACGUAGCGGUGGUACUUUUGCAGCCUUGGUGUUUUCACGAGGGGAAAGAGGUUUUUCUGCCGUGAGAAGACUGUUUCACGGCGAGGGCUUGUGUAACGCACCCCGUCCGUUACCCACAACCUUUUCCAACACCCUUUCCUUACUGUAGAGCAUCGCCGAUUUACAUUUAGCUUUCACACCGUCCAUUGCUGUUAGAUGUUGGGCACAGCUCUGAUGGGGUUUUUUUUAUUCUGCACAAGUUGGAGAUUAGUAAAGGGAGGUGCCUGUAACUUUGGCCAUGACGUGGUUUGUUCCAAACAGCAAAAUGAUGGUUUGUGUUGUUUAAGGUCGUGGUUUAGCUAUGAUUUUCUAAUAUUCAAUGACAGUACUGAGUUUAUAGUUAAACACUUAAUUGUUAGUAUUUUUCUUUAUUUGCCCAUAAUGACCGCUAUUAAAAAGAUUCAACACAUUGUACUAGAAAGUGGUGAGAAGCCAUGGAUCUGAGUUUAGAAUAAUGUAAUGAAGAUAGUGGUUUUAAUAACAGAGCAUAGCUUUGAUAGGAAGCCUCACUUUUCGAAUGUAAAAGUGUUAAUUGAUUCUGAACGAAUAGCUGAUUAAUUUCAGAGUAGAAUUAUGCAAAAGGAUAUGAUAAUCGAUACGAAGCGUAGUUUGUGUUGUUUGAAUGUGAACGGUCACAUUGUCGCAUUUUUAUUACUCUGAAAUCUUUUUAAGGCAGGUGCUUUUUUACCUUUUUCGCUUACUUUUCCAUUUUAUAAUAUAACAAAAAUGUUGAAAACAUUUCCGGUGCAUGGUGUCACCUUGUACAUGAUUCGACACAGACCUUGAUGCUGGUAGGCAGUGCUGAAGCAAUGUUACAGGCCGGUUUCGACAACCAAACGCUUUUGCUUUAUUCUUUGCUCUGAAGUGCUGCCCCCCUCCACCUGCCCGCCGCCCCCCCAAGCUGUCCUGGACUGGUUCAUCCAUAUGCUGAGGACUGACUUGAUGUUGGUUGCGCACGUGCAUUUUCAAGGAAUUAUUUGAUUUUAAGCUCCACAUUGUGCAUUGAAAAUAGCCUGUGCGCUGGGUUGCUGACUGCAGGAUGCAGUCGUUAGGUCCAAUGUGAAUUGCAUGGAAAAACGUAAAUUUUGUCAUACCCUAAGGGAGCAAUCCUGCAAAGCUGAAGUGAUAUUUUUUCUGGGUAGUGUGGAGUUUAUACGGAUGGGUGUUUGGCAUGGAUUGGUGGUGGGGUGGAUCGGGUGGUGGUGUACGAUGCCGUCACACGGCACGGUGGCCCCGGCGCAGGGCAAAGGGCCUGCAUUGUGUGGAACUCGUUGGGUCUUCGAGUCACGUAGGAACAAUGUGAAGCCGUGAGCCAGCUGUGCUGUUCAGACUUGAGUUGGAAAUCCGUCGGGCGAGGACAACGCUCUUUUGUAUGUAACUUGUUCAGAAAUGACCACUGUAUGCAGGUUUUCAAUAAACAGGUCACAAGUAUA